UUGAGCCUGCUCGGAGCGACUGGAGAUCGUUGGCCGGCGCCGUUCAGACGAUGGCCACGUUGUGCCGGGGGAAGCGCCUGAGCUGCCGCCGCGCUCUGCUCGCCCUCACCGCCGCGGCCACCUUCCUGGUGCAGCUGCUGCGCCACGGUCACGCCGCCCGCUUGUACAGCAGCCAGGACCCGGUGGUCAUCCUGGAGGCCCAGGGAGUGAAGGCGCUGCUAGUGAACUCGUCCAGCGCCUGGGUUGUGGAGUUCUACUCCUCCUGGUGCGGCCACUGCGUCAACUUCGCCCCCAUCUGGAAAGCGUUGGCCCGCGAUGUCAAAGAUUGGGAAUUGGCAAUCAGGGUAGGUGUGAUGGACUGUGCUGACGAGAAGAAUUUUGCCACUUGUACAGAGUACGGUGUUCACUUCUAUCCAACUUUUAGGUACUUCAAAGCACUUGUUGGUCAGUUCACAACAGGAGAAGAUUACAAAGGACCAAACAGAGAGUUGCAGACUUUACGACAGAUAAUGAUUGACUUUCUGCAAAACAGUACAAAUACUAACAAGCCCCCUGCUUGUCCUGUUCUGGAACCAGCCAGCUCUUUUUCUAUCCUAUCAGACUUGGGUAAACACCAGAGGCAUUAUACUGCUGUUAUCUUUGAAACAGAGUUGUCCUAUAUAGGUCGGGAGGUGAUACUUGAUUUAAUGCAGUAUGAAAAUAUUGUGGUAAAACGAGCAAUGAAUAUAGACAAAAAGUUGAUGGAGAAACUAGAUAUUCAUUCACUGCCAUCUUGCUACCUAUUCCAUCCCAAUGGCUCCCAUGGAUUGAUUUACAUGCAAAAGCCUCUACGAUCAUUCUUUACUUCCUAUUUAAAGUCUUUGUCAGGUGUAACCAAGAGACUGCCUUUCCAAAACAUAGUGCCUGUGAGGCAGAGAGAAGAGGCAACAGUUGCAUUAAAGCCCUGGAAGGAUAUAGAUCAGAGUAAAGUGUAUUUGGCUGAUCUGGAGUCUGCUUUGCACUAUCUGCUUCGAGUAGAACUUGCUAGCCACAAGAUAUUGGAGGGGCCUGAACUAACAACACUGAAGGACUUAAUUACAGUUCUAUCAAAGCUGUUUCCUGGACCGCAGCCAGUAGUGAAGUUACUGGAAACAUUACAAGAGUGGUUGGUGAGCCUUCCAUUGGACAAAAUUCCUUAUGAUGCAAUUUUAGAUCUGGUGAAUAACAAAAUGAGGAUAUCUGGAAUGUUUCUUAGAAAUACUGUUGAGUGGGUUGGCUGCCAGGGCAGUCAACCACAGUACAGAGGUUAUCCAUGUUCUCUCUGGACACUCUUCCAUAUCUUGACGGUACAUGCUGAGACGCAUCCUGAAAUGCAGAUCAUUGCUGGUUUUGACAAUGGACCUCAAGUAGUUCUACAAGUUAUCAGAAGGUACAUUCAUCAUUUCUUCGGCUGCAGGAACUGUGCGCAACACUUCGAAGAAAUGGCUAAAGAAUCUAUGGAUGAAGUGGAAACACUAGAUGGUGCCAUUCUCUGGUUAUGGAAAAAGCAUAAUGAAGUGAAUAAUAGACUCUCAGGUGCUCCAAGUGAGGAUCCAAGGUUCCCUAAAGUGGCAUGGCCAACUCCUGACCGCUGUCCCGCUUGUCAUGAUGAAAUCAAAGGCCUCCAUAUCUGGAAGGAAGAGGAGGUUCUGAAAUUUUUGAAGUCUCAUUACAGUGUGGAUAAUAUUUCAUAUAAACAUAGUGGACAUGAACCUCAAACCCACUUGGCAGUCAAUGAAGCUCAAAAAAAUAAUGGAAAGAAGGGUAAAGAACGAGGGCCACCCCAAUUGAUAAAUGGCCAAAAGGAGCAAAAAGUCAACAUCCCGAACAUAGACCAAAACUCAAGAUACAGUGCCUUGGUGAAGCGAGAACAGAACAUAGCCAGCCACAAAAAAGAAAUUAAGCAGGUUUCAUUUUUUGGAAUAGGCUUUUCCAAUGCAGACAUGAGUCUCUGUGUCAUGCUGUAUGCAGCUUCCUGUUUUUUCCUAAUGAUCAUGUACUUCUACUUCCAAAUGAGGUCAAAACGGUGGAAAAGCAGAUAUAACCGUCCUUGUGUUUAAGACUAUUUUAAAAUAAGUUCCAGAAAGAAAAUGACUCAUCUGUUUUGCAUAGGUAGUCUUUCUGGAGAGGAGAUUCACAGGCCUCUUCUUGCCCCAGGUCACACCUUCACUUUUAAGUAUUUCAGUCUGGACAAUGAUGCAAUGUUUAAGUUUAGGUCUAACGUGACUUAUGUGACUAUUUUCCAGAAAUUCCACCUCCUUUAGACAAUAUGAAAAAAAUAUUUAAGUUGUUUGUGUGCCUUUUUAGAGGAAUUUGCAUGGUGCCCCACACAUCAUUCCUUUCCUCCCCAUUUCUGAUUGCUGAAUUUGGUGUGAUUUCCGUGGAAUUGGAAACCCACUGAUAUCUCAUCCGUGCACCCUUUUACACAAUGCCUUGACAAAUGUCAAAUUCAAUAGGAUGAGGGGUGGAUGUGUUGCAUUAUAUCAAUCUGUGUCUGAUUUAUUGUUAAUAUUCUGUUCCACCUCUCUCUCCUUUGUCGCCCUUUUUCUCCUUUUGAGGUCAACAAAAUUGGAAGAGCUGGGCAGUGAACUUGGACUUUUAUUGAUAUGUUUUGUUUUAUUUUGGAGCAAGAGGUUGUGAUCUUGCUCUAAUCCCUCUGGUGCUCUAAUUCUCCGUAUAUGGUGUUUGGUACCAGACUGACUGUCCCCAAUGUACGUCACUGGACUAAAUUCCAAACAUCAGUCUCAAGUGGGAGACCUCCUAACCUCCACUACACUAAUUAAUUUAAAUAUCUUCUGAUCCGACACUUCCAGUUCUAAUUUCAAGUGAUAUUUAACUUUACCAAGCUAAAGUCCUUUCAUUUAUUCAAUAAUUGUGGCUGUUUUGGCAUGGGCAUCAGGGAGUUUGCAGACAAUGUGCUAACUUAAUAUUAUUUGAGUUGUGGAGCUUGCUCUUCACCAUUUCAUUUUCAUCUAGUUCACACCAGAGAUUAGCCUCCUUGUUGAAUUUGUACUCUUGUGUGUACCACCUUCAGAACUGAAUACACUAAUUUGAGUUUCAUGAUCAGAUCCUAUACCAUGUGGCAUAACUGUUAGCAUUUUGACUGUAUCUCAUUUAAUAUUCAAAUAACUUUACUUCAGUGUUCAGGUAUUAAAAAUUUGAAAGAAUCGUGCAUUUCUCUCUGCUGAAUUAAUCAUACUCAUUGGAAAUUUAGGAAUAGUUUUGGUAUGUUUUAAUCACACACCAAGUGCAGUGCUUUCUUUGUGACGAUACCAACCAGGAAUGUUCUCCAAAUUCGUUUUUGUUCAGACUCCUUGUACACCGAGUCAGUGAAAAAUGUUAUAUUUUUGGAAGAUGUAUUUUUUCAUUGAUAAAAUAAUGAUGUUUAACAGAAUUUGCCUGAAUGAAAGUCAAUAAAUAUUUUAACAAAUUGUUGUAGCGGUACCACUUUAAAGUAGAGCAUGCACUAGUCAGAGCCUAGUGCUUACGUUUUUGUGGGAAAAGAUUUGAUGCCUUUUGCUAGUGGCAGUGUCACUUCACUUUAAUGUAAAGGUGCUAAACGGGUAGCUGUUUGUUAUCUAUUGUCUGCAAGGAAUCAAGGUUCCACUGACAGACAAGAUUUGCUUAAUUAUUUAUAAGCAUGCAGAAAUAUUGCUGACCUCGUUUCACUGACCAAGGAUCAUUUAUUCUGGCAAAGUGUCCUUUUGUUUUAAGUUCAAUUUGAAAACAAUCUUUGUUUAAUAGAAAGAUAUUUUCCGGUGAUACUAAAGAGAUUGAUUGCUGCCAGUUCUGAGCCCUUUUAAUUUUUUUUAACAGAUGGAAUAGCCUGAUCUUGUGAGGUUAUAAAGAUGUGUCAAAUAUUAUCCCAGUGCAAUAGUUAAAUUGUGAAUUUGGAGUCAAGUACAUUCCCAUGAUGUUCUUCCAGCAUAUUUGUAGGGGAGAAGCUCAUAAUUCAUCUUGUGCCACAAACAAGCCUGAUGUUUUAGAUAUUUAACCUAAGGGAUCUUGCUCAUAACUUUUUGGUUACUUUUCUAGACUUUGCAAUUAACUAUCUUAAGCAUGUGUUGAGACCAAAUUCCUUUGUCUAUGAACAGAAAAUGAAAAUGUUUUCAUUGAAUUGUAAUGGUGUCUGCUUGUCCAGCUUUGAUGAAGAGUCCAAUUGUCUUGUAUUUGCUUUCACAGCAUUCCCUUCCUCAGCCACAUAAACAGCAUCUUUUUUUCAAAAUGUAGCUAUGCUUUAAAGGUCUAACUGAUGUUCAGUAGGAUUACCUGCAGUAUUAAUUGAUGAAUUAUCAUUCCAUACCCAGCCUGAAACCUCAAGGUCCUGUUGCACAACAGGGAAAAAUUCCAUUCAGUAUUUGAUUCUGGUUUUAAAUAAAUUGAAUACCAUUUAUUCAUUCAGAAAGCUGCCAUCACUUUGCAAAUGUUUCUUAAAGAUAAUUGAUGUCUGGUUUAAUUUAUUUAUUUUAUUCAUGGCUGCCAUGAUUUUUCAGUUUGCUGAAUUGUUCUUGAUAUAAAAAUGUCAGUCAAUGCUAUAUAUUUUCAUUAGAAGGAAAUGUACACAAUAUUUUGUACUUUAAAAAAAACCUCAAGGAAGACUUAUCCUCUUUGAAAUAAA